AUUUUCAGAUACCAGAAUUCCCUCUGGGAACGUUGACUGGCCACCUGCACUGAAUUUCUCUCAGAUGAACUGAUGCGUUGGAACCAUGGUGCAGAAAAAGAAGUUCUGUCCUCGGUUACUUGACUAUCUAGUGAUCGUUGGGGCCAGGCAUCCAAGCAGCGACAGUGUGGCCCAGACUCCCGAGCUGCUGCGGCGCUACCCUCUAGAAGACCAUGCCGAGUUUCCCCUGCCCCCAGAUGUGGUUUUCUUCUGCCAGCCAGAGGGCUGCUUGAGCGUGCGGCAGCGGCGCAUGAGUCUGCGAGAUGACACCUCCUUCGUCUUCACCCUCACCGACAAGGACACGGGAGUCACGCGUUAUGGCAUCUGUGUUAACUUCUACCGCUCCUUCCAGAAGCGAAUGCCUAAGGAAAAGGGAGAGAUUGGGACAGGGUCCCGUGGGAAGGAAGGCACCCGUGCCACCAGUGCCUCAGAAGAGGCUGGCACUGAGAGCUCAGAGAGCGGCUCAUCCCUGCAGCCUCCCAGCGCAGAUUCCACCCCUGACGUCAACCAGUCUCCUCGGGGCAAAUGCCGGGCCAAGGGGGGAAGCCGUUCCCGAAACAGUACCCUGACCUCCCUGUGCGUGCUCAGCCACUAUCCCUUCUUCUCUACCUUCCGAGAGUGUCUGUACACCCUCAAACGUCUGGUGGACUGCUGUAGUGAGCGGCUUCUGGGCAAGAAGCUGGGCAUUCCUCGAGGCAUACAAAGGGACACCAUGUGGCGCAUCUUCACUGGAUCACUGCUGGUGGAGGAGAAGUCAAGUGCGCUUCUGCAUGACCUUCGAGAGAUCGAGGCCUGGAUCUAUCGAUUGCUGCGCUCCCCUGUGCCUGUCUCUGGGCAGAAGCGAGUAGACAUUGAGGUCCUGCCACAGGAACUGCAGCCGGCUCUGACUUUUGCUCUGCCAGACCCCUCUCGAUUUAACCUAGUAGAUUUCCCAUUGCACCUUCCCUUGGAACUUCUGGGUGUGGAUGCCUGUCUUCAGGUGCUGACCUGCAUUCUGUUAGAGCACAAGGUAGUACUACAGUCCCGAGACUACAAUGCACUUUCCAUGUCUGUGAUGGCAUUUGUGGCAAUGAUCUACCCCCUGGAGUAUAUGUUCCCUGUUAUCCCACUGCUUCCCACCUGCAUGGCAUCAGCAGAGCAGCUGCUGCUGGCUCCAACCCCGUAUAUCAUCGGGGUCCCUGCCAGCUUCUUCCUCUACAAACUGGACUUCAAAAUGCCUGAUGAUGUUUGGCUAGUGGAUCUGGACAGCAAUCGGGUGAUUGCCCCCACGAAUGCAGAGGUGCUCCCUAUCUUACCGGAACCAGAAUCAUUAGAGCUGAAGAAACAUUUAAAGCAGGCCUUAGCCAGCAUGAGUCUCAACACCCAACCCAUCCUCAAUCUGGAGAAAUUUCAUGAGGGCCAGGAGAUCCCACUUCUCUUGGGAAGGCCCUCUCAUGACCUGCAGUCCACACCUUCCACUGAAUUCAAUCCACUCAUCUAUGGCAAUGAUGUAGAUUCUGUGGAUGUUGCAACCAGAGUGGCCAUGGUACGUUUCUUCAACUCCCCCAACGUGCUGCAGGGCUUUCAGAUGCACACACGUACCCUGCGUCUCUUCCCUCGGCCUGUGGUAGCUUUUCAGGCUGGCUCCUUUCUAGCUUCACGUCCCCGGCAGACUCCGUUUGCUGAGAAAUUGGCCAGGACGCAGGCUGUGGAGUACUUUGGAGAGUGGAUCCUUAACCCCACUAACUACGCCUUUCAGCGAAUUCACAAUAAUAUGUUUGAUCCAGCCCUCAUUGGUGACAAGCCAAAGUGGUAUGCUCAUCAGCUGCAGCCCAUCAACUAUCGAGUCUAUGAUAGCAAUUCCCAGCUGGCUGAGGCGCUGAGUGUGCCUCCGGAGCGGGACUCUGACUCUGACCCCACUGAUGACAGUGGCAGUGAUAGUAUGGAUUACGAUGGCUCCAGUUCUUCCUACUCAUCCCUGGGCGACUUUGUCAGUGAGAUGAUGAAAUGUGACAUCAAUGGUGAUACUCCCAAUGUGGAUCCUCUGACGCACGCCGCCCUGGGGGAUGCCAGUGAGGUGGAGAUUGACGAGCUGCAGAACCAGAAGGAAGCAGAAGAACCUGGCCCGGAUGGCGAGACCUCCCAGGAAAAUGCCCCGCAGCGUUCUAGCUCCAGCACCACUGCCAGCAGCAGUCCCAGCACUGUCAUCCAUGGAGCUAACUCUGAACCUGCUGAUGCUGCAGAGCUGGAUGAUAAGGCAGCUGUAGGCGUCUCCAAGACUCUGCCUGCUGUGCCCAGCAGCAUCGGCAAAUCGAACGUGGACAGGCGUCAGACAGAAAUUGGAGAGGGGUCAGUGCGCCGACGAACCUAUGACAAUCCAUACUUCGAGCCCCAGUAUGGCUUUCCCCCUGAGGAAGAUGAUGAUGAGCAGGGGGAAAGUUAUACUCCCCGAUUCAGCCAGCAUGUCAGUGGCCACCGGGCUCAAAAGCUGCUGCGGCCCAACAGCUUGAAACUGGCAAGCGACUCAGAUGCAGAGUCAGACUCUCGAGCGAGCUCUCCCAACUCCACCAUCUCCAACAACAGCACCGAGGGCUUCGGGGGCAUCAUGUCUUUUGCCAGCAGCCUGUAUCGGAACCACAGUACAAGCUUCAGUCUUUCCAACCUCACAUUGCCCACCAAAGGUGCCCGAGAGAAAACCACGCCUUUCCCUAGUCUGAAAGUAUUUGGGCUAAAUACUCUAAUGGAGAUUGUUACUGAAGCCGGCCCCGGGAGUGGUGAAGGAAACAGGAGGGCCUUAGUGGAUCAGAAGUCGUCUGUCAUUAAGCACAGCCCAACAGUGAAAAGAGAGCCUCCAUCACCCCAGGGUCGAUCCAGCAAUUCUAGUGAGAACCAGCAGUUCCUGAAGGAGGUUGUGCACAGCGUGCUGGACGGCCAGGGCGUGGGCUGGCUCAGCAUGAAGAAGGUGCGGCGGCUGCUGGAGAGCGAGCAGCUGCGAGUCUUUGUUCUGAGCAAGCUGAACCGCACCGUGCAGUCAGAGGAGGAUGCCCGGCAGGACAUCAUCCCCGACGUGGAGAUCAGUCGAAAGGUGUACAAGGGAAUGUUAGACCUGCUCAAGUGCACAAUACUGAGUCUGGAGCAGUCGUAUGCCCACGCAGGGCUGGGCGGCAUGGCCAGCAUCUUUGGGCUUCUGGAGAUCGCCCAGACCCACUACUAUAGUAAAGAACCAGACAAGCGGAAGAGAAGUCCAACAGAGAGUGUAAAUACCCCAGUUGGCAAAGAUCCCAGCCUGGCCGGGCGGGGGGACCCAAAGGCUAUGGCACAGCUGAGAGUUCCGCAGCUGGGACCUCGGGCCCUAGGUGCCACAGGAAAGGGUCUCAAAGAACUGGACACCAGAAGCUUAAAGGAAGAGAACUUUGUCGCCUCUAUUGAAUUGUGGAACAAGCACCAGGAAGUGAAAAAGCAAAAAGCUUUGGAAAAACAGAGGCCUGAUGCGAUCAAACCUGCCUUUGACCUUGGUGAGACAGAAGAGAAAAAGUCCCAGAUGAGCGCAGACAGUGGUGUGAGCCUAACAUCCGGUUCCCAGAGGACUGACCCAGACUCUAUCAUUGGUGUGAGUCCAGCUGUUAUGAUCAGAAGCUCAAGUCAGGAUUCUGAAGUUAGCACCGUGGUGAGUAAUAGUUCUGGAGAGACGCUUGGAGCAGACAGUGACCUGAGCAGCAACGCGGGUGAUGGACCAGGUGGCGAGGGCAGUGCCCACUUGGCAAGCUCUCGGGCCACUCUCUCUGAUAGUGAAAUUGAGACCAACUCUGCUACAAGCGCCAUCUUUGGUAAAGCCCACAGCUUGAAGCCAAGUGCAAAGGAGAAGCUGGUGGGCAGCCCCAUCCGUGCUUCUGAGGAUGUAAGCCAGCGGGUAUACCUCUAUGAGGGACUCCUAGGAAGGGACAAAGGAUCCAUGUGGGACCAGUUAGAGGAUGCUGCUAUGGAGACCUUUUCUAUAAGCAAGGAGCGUUCUACUUUAUGGGACCAAAUGCAGUUCUGGGAAGAUGCAUUCUUAGAUGCUGUGAUGCUGGAGAGAGAAGGGAUGGGUAUGGACCAGGGUCCCCAGGAAAUGAUCGACAGGUACUUGUCCCUGGGGGAGCAUGACCGGAAGCGCCUGGAGGAUGAUGAAGAUCGCUUGUUGGCCACCCUUUUGCAUAACCUCAUUUCCUACAUGUUGCUAAUGAAGGUAAAUAAGAAUGACAUCAGGAAGAAAGUGAGACGGCUAAUGGGGAAGUCCCACAUCGGGCUUGUGUACAGCCAGCAGAUCAAUGAGGUGCUUGAUCAGCUGGCAAACCUGAAUGGACGUGAUCUUUCUAUCCGGUCCAGUGGCAGCCGGCAUAUGAAGAAGCAGACAUUUGUGGUACAUGCAGGAACAGACACCAACGGAGACAUCUUUUUCAUGGAGGUAUGUGACGACUGUGUGGUGUUACGUAGCAACAUCGGGACAGUGUAUGAGCGCUGGUGGUAUGAGAAGCUCAUAAACAUGACCUACUGUCCCAAGACCAAAGUGCUGUGCUUGUGGCGCAGAAAUGGCUCUGAGACGCAGCUCAACAAAUUCUAUACCAAGAAGUGUCGGGAGCUGUACUACUGUGUCAAGGACAGCAUGGAGCGUGCGGCCGCCAGACAGCAGAGCAUCAAACCCGGACCUGAACUCGGUGGCGAGUUCCCUGUGCAGGACAUGAAGACUGGCGAGGGUGGCUUGCUGCAGGUCACCCUGGAAGGGAUCAAUCUCAAGUUCAUGCACAACCAGGUUUUCAUAGAGCUGAAUCACAUUAAAAAGUGCAAUACAGUUCGAGGCGUCUUUGUCCUGGAGGAAUUUGUUCCUGAAAUUAAAGAAGUGGUGAGCCACAAGUACAAGACGCCCAUGGCCCACGAGAUCUGCUACUCUGUGUUGUGUCUCUUCUCGUACGUGGCUGCAGUCCGUAGCAGCGAGGAAGAUCUCAGAACUCCGCCCCGGCCUGUCUCUAGCUGAUGGAAGGGAUUAAGCAGCUGCCCCAGCCCGGGGCCACCCCUUGCCUCUGCUGUUCCAGUGCACGAUGCUGCUAUGACUGAGGAGUGGAGGACAUGUGACGUCUCUGCAGGCCCCUCGCAGGCCUUAGUUGGUUCCCACUUUUGUGUCUCUUAAAUGUGUCUUUGAGCGUGUCCAUCACAGGGCUAAGCUGAUCUCUUCCACUUCUCCCUGUCCCCUCCCACUGUCCCCUCAGGGCUCAAGAGUAUGU